AUGAGCUCGUCGGUCGAGAAGGGGAGCGGAUCGCUGGAUCCCGGCGAGCGCCCGGCCGCCGGCAGCCAGCCCAAGGCCUGCACCGCCUGCAACACCACCAAGACGCCGCUCUGGCGCGGCGGGCCCUCCGGACCCAUGUCGCUGUGCAACGCGUGCGGGAUCCGGUACAGGAAGAAGCGGAGGGAGGCGAUGGGCCUCGAGGACCCCCCCAAGAAGAGGCAGCCGGCGGCGGCCGCCGCGCCUGCGGCGGCGGCGGUGGCGUGCUCGGAGGCCGGCGGCGAGAGCGCGGAUCCGGAGCAGCAGCAGCAGCCCAAGAAGAAGACGACGACGACCAAGAGGGGUCGCGAGGUGGAGCUCCGCGUGGUGGGGUUCGGCAAGGAGGUGGUGCUGAAGCAGCGGCGGCGGAUGCGGCGCAGGCCGCGGCUGGGCGAGGAGGAGAAGGCGGCCAUCCUCCUGAUGGCCCUCUCCUCCGGCGUCAUCUACGGCUGA